UGGCAACUGCUUAAAGUUAAAUUAAAAACAUUAGUAUAUUGUUAUGGUAGGAAAUGGGAAGUAAAAGAUCUUUGACAUUUAAUUUGACGAACAUUAGUUUAUGUAAAAUUUGUAUACUUUAAUAUUUAUCAUGCUACUUUAAUUAUGAUCAUUAUAGCAACAUCCGUCAUGGAUACCUCCUUAACUUCCGAAGAAGAACAGGCUGUGCAGGAAUUUAUAUCUAUUGUAAAUGAAUUGCGUUUACGGCAAAAUGUUGGCCCAUUAUCGUGGAGUACAGCUGUAAAAUUUUUGAUGGCAAGAAAAUUCGAUACACACAGAGCAUUGCAACUGUAUGAAGCUCAUGAGAUAAUUAGAAGAAAAGAAGGCCUCAUCAGGUUUGACCCAAAUUCUGACCCUUUAAAGUCAGAACUUGAAACUGGAAAAUUCACUAUUUUACCAACAAGGGAUUCUGGGGGAGCAGCUUUGGCUCUUUUCACUGCUGGCAAGCAUAAUCCUUUUCAAAGUUCUCAUAAUGUAACAUUGCAAGGAGUUGUUUACCAGUUGGAUGUUGCUUUGGAAAGUUUUCAGACUCAAAGAUGUGGGGUUGUAUUCAUUUAUAAUAUGCAUGAUAGCAAGUAUUCAAACUUUGAUUAUGAACUAAGUCAAAAAAUGCUGACUCUAUUAAAAGGUGGCUAUCCAGCUAGACUUAAAAAAGUUCUUAUUGUGACAGCACCAUUAUGGUUCAAAGCUCCUUUUAAAAUUCUUCGCUUGUUCGUCAGAGAAAAGUUACGAGACAGAGUUUACAUGGUAAGUGUUCCUCAGCUUCCACUUCAUGUGCCAUUAUCUUCAUUACCCUUGGAGCUUGGUGGAAAUGCAUCCAUUGAUCAUCAGACAUGGCUUUUGCAUUGCGUGAAAUCCAUGGCAAAUCGAUGCGGUGACCUCUUCGAUUUUGUCUCCGCUCCCACUUCCCCAUCCGCUUUCUCACCCCCAGUCAUGCGAAGUAAUGGAUUGGCUACUCACUUAUUCCACUUUGCCAGCAGCGAAGGAGAGACAGACGAGUCGAGCGAAAAUCAAAGCUCCAUACACGAGAAACAAAACUCUGAAGAUCGUGAGAAGGAGGUUGAAGUAAUUAAGGAAAUAUCCCUUACUGUUCAGGAUGUGCAAGUACCCUCUUGCUCGCCACUUCAUGAAAAUUCUCCCAACGAGGAAAAGACGAGCACGCCUUCUUCCAUGUCUGCCGAUUCUUUACACGAUGACUUAACAAGUGGGCAGAGUUUGGAAGAAUUUAUAGAGCAUUUGCAGAGGAAAGGUAGAAGAGGCUUGCACGAUGAGUAUGCAGAUAUCAAAUCUAAAAGCUCUGAUGGAACCUUUGAAUCUUCAAGGUUGAAAUCCAAUCAGGCGAAGAAUAGAUAUUCUGAUGUCUUAUGUUAUGAUCAUUCUCGAGUAAAACUGUCUUGCGUUGAUUCUGAUCCAUAUUCUGACUAUCUAAAUGGAAAUUUCGUAGAUGGGUUUCAACAAAAAAAUGCUUUUAUUUCCACACAAGGACCAUUGCCCAAAACAUUUCCAGACUUUUGGAGAAUGAUUUGGGAGCAAGUAGUUGGUGUCAUAGUGAUGACCACACGGACUAUUGAGCGUAGUCGAGUUAAGUGUGGUCAAUAUUGGCCCAAAGAUGAGGGAUGUAGUGAAGAGUAUCUUCCUUACAUUGUUCAGAAUGAUGGUGUGGAGUACUUCAGUGAUUACACUGUUACAAAUCUGAAAAUAACAAAUAUGAAAACAAAUAAAACUCGCCAAGUAUAUCACAUGCAGUUUACCAGUUGGCCAGAUUAUGGUGUUCCUCAUUCAGCUUUAGCUAUGCUUGACUUUAGGGAUAAAGUGAGGAAAAAACAAACUGAACAUGUAUCUACAAUUAUGGAUGAAUGGAAAGGACAUCCAAAAGGUCCUCCCAUAGUAAUUCACUGUAGUGCUGGAAUUGGCCGAACUGGUACUUUCAUCACCUUGGACAUUUGUAUUUGCCGAUUAGAAGCAACUAGCCUUAUUGAUGUGCGCACAACCGUUGAAAAAAUUCGCUCUCAAAGAGCUCUUAGCAUACAAAUGCCAGACCAAUAUGUUUUUUGUCACCUGGCUCUCCUGGAAUAUGCCCUUAGUCAUGGACUUUUGCAGGAUGUGGAUUUAUCUGGGUUUAAUGAUAGUGAUUCAGAGUCUGAGUAAAAUACAUUGUCCACUUUUCAAAAGUGGCAUGUUUAUUUAUUUAAAUAAGCUUUAUUUUUACCAAGGUCAGUGUAAACACUGUUAUGCUUUUGUUAUGCUGCUGUCCUAUUUAUUUUUUUAAAUGUGUUAUUGCCAAAAAAAAAAAAAAACUUGCAGCCUUUUUGUGUGAAAGUUUCCUGUUUGUGCUCAUUAAUAGAUUCUUCCCUGAGGUAGCUUUUUCCAUACUACUAGUUUACUUUCAUGUUAUUUGUGCAAAUAUUUGUUUUUGAAUGCUUUUCAAAACAUUUUGUAAAUUAUGGUUUCAGCUAUUUAUAAGUUUUUUAUUUUUAUACAAGCAUUGAGUGUAUGUUAAAAUAUAUGUAUAUUUGCUUAAGAUUUAUGCAAUUAUUCCAAGAAGUAAGCAAUUAACAGCAACUGCCUGUUACUUUAAUUAUUGAUGAUUUAGAAAAUCAAAUCAGUUAUAUAAAUUACCGUAUAUAAAGUAAUGAGUAAUUUUGCUGCAUUCUGCUAGAAACUAGAAAAUAUACUUUCUCAAAAUUUUAAAAUUAGUUACAAAGUUAAUUACAGAUGGCACUGCUAACAAAGAAAAACUGUAAAACAACGCUACCAAGCUGAUGUCAUUUACAUAAUAACUUGGCCUGGUCUAAGGACAAAAUUACUACUUGUCCCUGCAAAUAUAAUUAAAAUGGUUGCAGCAAAAACAAUUAUAUUUAGUUUUUAUUUUCAAUUUUGUUGUGCCAUCUACUGACAAAGUUUGUAACUAAUUUUUAAACUUGAAGAGAAUAAAUUAACUUGUUGCCUAAACAGAAUGCAGCAAACCUUACAUUACUUUUUUCUUCUAUCUGAUAUUUUAAGUUGUCACCCAAUACCAUGAAAAUAAAUACCUAAAAGUAAAUAAAUUAUGGUAGAACCUCGAUUUAACAACCUUUGUGGGACUGGUCACAAGCGUAGUUAAAAGCGGAAAGUUGCAAUAUCGGGGGUAUGAAAGUGUAACUUAUAUAAAAUAGCAUAAUAAUACAUAUUUAUCUUCUUAUUUACUAUGUAAACUAAAAAUGAACAAAUUUAUUUUAAAAAUUCAAUAUGAUCAAUUGAUAUGAUUUUAAUAAAAUAUUUAAAACUUAUAUCAUUUAGAUUUAAAAAAAAACACAGAUCUUUUCAUUUGUCUUGAAUUCCUCAAUUUUAAUAAAUGCAACGAAUUUUCAAACAUCUCAUUUGUAUCUAUCUCUUUUUUUCUUGACCUCGGGGGAAAAAAAAAUUGAGAUUCUGUAACAUAACCACACCGUUAUUAUAAGAUGGAGAAGAUGUGCCACAUUCAGCUACAUCUUCACCACUGCUUUCACCGAAAGAUUCCAUAAUAUCAGCGAUUGAAGCGGACUGUGUCUUGCAAAUUAAAACAUUGCUGUCACAUUGCGAAUAUUCUAAUAACUCUGCAUUAUCCAGCUCUAACUCAUUCUCCAAAAUAACAUCAGUGACAGCAUCAAGCGCCGUUUCAAGAGGUCACACCACCGAAGGAGUAGAAAAACCACCUUUUAAGUUCCCAAUGACAUCUAACGGACCUUUUUCCAUUUUUUGAUUGAUAAACAGACCUUGGUGUGAAAAGAGAAUAGAAUAUGUUUCAUUAAUCAGUGCAAUACCGGCUUAGAACCUAUAGGGGAUCGUGGAGUAAUGUAUGUGCAUAAUGGAUGCCACCUCAAUACGUGAUGACUCACUAGAAAGAUGAAGUCCCCUUCAACAAAAGCGAUGUGAUCUUUUCACUUGUCGGCGUUGAAGGAAACUUCGUUUGCUACCAUCCUCAACGCGAGAAAAAUAAAGAAAACAUGAAAUGUAUCCAUAGUUGGGUAAAAAUACUGUAACUAAGUACGUCAGUAUUUCCGGGUAGUAGUUAAGGAAGGCGCUUGUAAUACCGGUCUUAUUUUACAUUAUUGAUAUAGAAAAUAAAAUACCAGACUGAAAUGAUGCCAAAAGAGGGAAGUUUUUAUUAAUGGAGUGGCUGGUUAAAUCGGAGUUCUACUGUAUUGGAAAAGUUAUCAUUAAUUUAAUUCUUACUCUUGAAAAGGAAGUUCUAAUUUUUACAUAAAAUUUAUUACAAAACCUGUAUAUAAAUAUAAAUUUUUUCUUUCAUUGAAAGCUACAACAGGGAUGUUGAUUUUCAUUUUAUAAUUUUGUUUGCAAUGAUUCUAUUCCUAUAUUAUCAAUGGUACAUGUUUUUUUUAAACAUCAUAAUAUUACUUAUAAAUGUCUUUAAAUGCACUUUGCUAGUAGUUUCAUAUAACAUAUGCUAUGUACAUUGUUAAGCCAACUAUAAAAAUACAUCUUAUGUAUAUUUUUGGUAAAUAUCUGAAUUUAUAAAGAAAUUUGAGAAAGAAAAUUUUGUUUUAUGAUGAAUAGAACAUAUCAAGCUCUUAAAGCUUUUGAGAAAUAGCAGUGUGAUUUUGUUUAAGAAAUUCUUUAAGACUCAAUUUUUUAUUUUGAUAAGACUGUAAAAGAUAUAUAUAUAUUUUCCUUCUGAAUUUUUAUUGUGAUAUGUGUCAUAUUUACACUUUUGUUUAUCAUUUAUUUAUAUUUCAUUAUUUAAAAGUAAUCAUUUUCAUUUUAUCUGUGAAAUUUCAUUAACUGUAUUUGAAACUAAAUGCAUGAAUAUAAAUUGCAGAACUUUUGCUAUAGUAUUAAUACUUUCUACAAUAGUCACACUAUUUGCUUUAUAACAGGAAACUAACUACAGAUGCAUUUUCUUGUCCUAAAACAAUUUUUAAAAUUAUUAUUGUUAAAAUGCCUAGCUAUAGUUAUGUUUCACUAUUUAGAAAACUUGCGCAUUAAUAACUAACGCAUUGUCCCAUAACUUGCGCAUUAAUUGUAAUAAAUUUGUAUAUAAUCUAAAAAUUUUCACAUUUGGGGAAUUAGAAAUACCAAUUACAUGCAUAAAAGCGGACAUUCAAUUAGUAUUUAAGCUUGUUUUUGCUAAAUUUUAAAUUCCCUUUUUUUAGAACAAGAGGAUGAAGGCAUACAAUAUGUCUCCUUAUUAGGACCCAACAACUUAAAUGGCCCUAAAGUUGCAAACAUUUUUUUUUAUAUACUAUGACAUUAAUUUACUGUAAGUAUUUAUAAAGACAUUUCUACUAAAUCAAAAUAAAGAAGGGGAGAGCAAAAUACAUCUAAUUGCCAAAAUUUGUUAUUCUUUUCAAUAAGUGCACAAUCUAUUGUUUCUUAGUCACAGUCUAUUUUUAGCAUCUUUCUAAAAGCCUGUUGAACAAAUUUUAAUUAAAUUUAUGUAAAAAUGUUCAUUAUCAUAUCCUCAUAAGUUUUCAUAAUUUUCUUUUAAGACAUAAAGAUUAAUAUCAAAAAUAAAUAUCAUAGAAUUUGUUUUUUUAAAAGUUCUUAUAAUUAUUAAAACUUAAUUUAAUAAUCAGGGUGAAAAUUUGGAAUUAAAUUUGGACUACUUUCUGAUUGGUUAGCUCAAAUUUAAAUUGAAGUUAACUAUGUGUUGGAUGAUAAUACAAGUUUCAAUCAGUUUCUGAUUGCUACUAGCAGACUUUGUCACCAGAUAUAAUUUAUCAUUAAUCAAAAUAAUUUUCCACCCACUUGCUACAGUGUUCAAAUUACAACUCUCUGCUUGAAGAAAAUACACAAUUACAAGUAUAAUUACUUGCCAAUCAAAAUUUUGACUGCUUCCUGACAUAAAGAAGCUUAAGGAAGAAAGAAAAAAAAAACAUUUUGUUCUUUUAUUUUAUCUCUAUUAUUAUUAUUCAAAUUUUAUUUUAAUAAAAUAUACUAAAUCUUCCUUUUAUUCUUUCAUUAUAUUCAAGAAAAAAAUUGUUGAUUGAUUUACAUUCUGUUGUUUUGGAUAAAAAUCUUCACAUCAAUUUGUGAAAUAUACAGUAAUAUGUGAAGUAAAAUUCAUAAUUAAAAAUAUUUUAACUAGGCAUUUCAAUUAUAGUCUAAAUAUUAUUUAAAUUUUUUUAAUUGUUUAUUUAUUACAAUUAAUUUAAAAAAAUAAACUUGUGUAAGGUACAUUAAAAUAAUCGUUAUAAAAUAACCUUGCAUGGCAUUUUAUUAAGAGGAUCUUAUUGUAAAGAGUUCACUUGUAAUCUUGAGGUUAAGUAUUUAGAGUGGAGUGUUCAAGAAAAUUUAUGCAAGUCAUUUUUAAAUAUUUUUUGUAACUUGUUUUACUGAUUCUUAACUAUUAUAAAAUACAUUUAAAAACAAAUCUGAUAUAUAUUCACCUGUGACAUUUAAAUGUGUUAGUGAGUGGUAUUAAUAAAUUCUUUUUUAUUAUAGAAGUAUAAAAUUUGUGCACUUUUAAAACAAACUAUCCUUUUACACAAGUGAAAAAAAACAUAUUAAAUAAAUUAAAGCUUUUGAUAACAGUAAUAACAUUUACGUUUGUACAUAUUUCUCUUUUUCUGUAAGGAAUUAAAUGUUUCCUCGUCAAAAACUGCCAGCUACUGUCAAACUUAUCAGUACAAAUUUAACUUAUCAGUCUUUGAUUAAUAAAAUUGGUAAAACCAAGAAUCCUUUUAUCUAGUACAUAGUCUAAUUUGCAAAAUGAUGUAUAAUAUUGAAAAGUGAAAGAAACAGUUCUUGAGAGCAGAAAUAGAAUUUUUCAAGCAUUGUUUAAGCAAUUAUUAGCUGUUUAUUUUUUUGUUAUUAAUCAAUUUUUAGAAGUAUAUUAAUAAUAUAAUUUUAAAAUCAUUUGUGUAUAAUAAAACUAAUUAUAACUUUUCAAUCAUCACAAUAAAAAUCUUACAAUUGUGUUGAUAUAAAUGGAGUAUAUAGUUAUAAGUUUACUUGUUUAGAAAUAUAAAACAUAAUGACGUUUUUUUAAAGUAAUGACUUAUGAAAUUAAACAUUUUCUAAAACAGGACAAAUUUCUAAAAUGUUAUAAUACAUUUAUACAUAUUUUAAGUUAGGUUACAACUGUAAACAUAUUAUAUCAUAUAAUUUUUAAUUUCUAAAAAUUAAAUACUAGUUUUUAAGUUGCUGUAAAUUUCUAUUAUACGGUUACUAAUCAUUGAACACAUACACAAUUUAAAAAAAUAUUUGAUCAAUUUUAUAUGUUAAAUUGUUAAGCCAUUUUAGGUUAAUAUGUUUUUUAAAAUGUUCAUAUUUUCUUUUAUUCAUUUUCUGGUUUAUUAUUAACUCUCUAACAAUUAUGUUUCAGGUCUCUUGAAAAACACAAAUUAGUUGAAAUUUCUCUAGCUAUUUACUGUGGUCGAACUAACUCCUGGUAGCUAAAAAAAUUAAGUUGUGUUUUCAUUGAGAGGAUGCAGAAACAUAAAUUAAAUUGAAUUUUUUUAUCUUAUUCAAUAAUAUAGAUAGAAUCUGGUUUUUGUUACAAGAAAAACACCAGCUAAUAAAAAGGGUUAAUACAGAGGGUUAAUGAUACAGUUUUUCUGCUACAUACAAUGUUCUACUAUUUUUUAAAAUUUAUAAUUAGGCAUACAUUGUAAAAUUAAUCCAGAACUAACAAAGACACAUCUUCUAGCAUUUCAUUUCAUUUUAUAACCGUCAUUGAACAGCUUACCCAAAUUUUCAGUUUACGGCUACCACUAUUCAAUUCCGUAGCCUUGUAAUUUUGAACCCAAUCCAGAAGACAAGACCUCCUGGAUCAGUAUCCUCAGAGGUAUUGAUUUGUUAUGGGAACUUGGAGGGCUUUGUGAUCCUGGCAGAUUUAAUGUGCACCAGUUUACCAUUUAAUAUGCGAGAAUUCUUCAGGUGGAUUCCCGUUCUCAUGAACUUAAGUCCAACGCCCUAUCCCGGCGCUUCUAGCAACCAUUGAAGUUUCUUCUGAGACCAUAUUGUCCAUUAACUAUCGAGUAAAAUCUAAAUCAGAUUACUAGUGUUGAUCAGCCAGCUGAUAUCAGAUGUGCCAUUAUCGAUUUUCAAAUUUGUUGCUCCGUGUAAUUUUGAAUCUAACCUAGAUGUUAACUCCUGGAUCGAGCAUUAGGGCAAACUUUUUGCUGUGAAAAUUGUUUAAUAAUUGUUGUGGAAAUUGUUGUAAAAUCCAAGAAAGUCUUGAUAUGGUAAUCAGACCAUCACUAGGGAUUAGAGCAUUAUGAUCUGGGCAAAUCAAGCUGCAUACAAAUCGCUUAACCAUCUCAAAUUAUUGGAAGUUGGGUCACCUCAUUGGGAGGUUAAAUUUUUGACUACAAUGGUCUUAGAGAGAGCUUCAUUCAAUUCCCCAGAAAACAUUCGCUUGUAAGAAUAAUUCCUUAUCUAUAAAAUUAUUUUUGUUUUUCUAAAUUACUUAGGAUGGAAAAUUGUUUAAUAAUACUGUCAUUUGUAUUAUGUGUGAAGAAAAUCCAGGAAAGCCUUGUAUGAUAAUCAUACCAUGACUAGGGAUUAGAGCAUUGUGAUCAUGGUGAAUCAAGCUGCAUACAAAACAUUUAGCUAUCACAAAUGAUUGGAACUUGGGUUACCUCGUUGGGGGGUGUAAAUUUUUGACUCUAAUGGUCUUAGAUAGAGCUUCCAGAAAACACUCGCUUGUAAGAAUUCUUUAUCUAUGAAAUUAUUUUUGAUUUUUUUUUUCUAAAUUAUUUUGGAUGAAAAAUUCAGAAGUUGAUAUUUUAUCUGUAUUAUAUUGUUGUAAAACAUUCAGUGUUACAAUACAGGCUUUACAAUUGCUGUUGUAAAUGUUGCAUUGUUCCAUUAUUUUUGUAAAUAAAUUACUUUUAAUAUUUAAAUAUAUUCUAUUCUUCUGUGUUAUACAUUGUUCUUGAUGUAUAGAUUUCUGUAGAUGUACACAAAAUAUUUAUUACAAAAAAUAAAUAAAAGUAAUAACUGUA